ACAACCAGAGGAGUCGGCUCCUGCCACACAACUGCAAAAGAGCAAAUAAUUCAUGUUCUUGUAAAAUGAGAUGGGUUCCAGUUUCCUCUAAUCUUGCAGUGAUGCAGUUCAUCCUGCAGAGGGAGUGUUGUUAUUGUAAAUGUACUGAUUGGAGUUACAUUCUAUUAUCUCUACAACAUGAAUUGUCUUACAAACGUCUCGGUGAUUGAAAAUCAAAUCAGAAAAGGACCUCCACCAAGUCUCACUGGCCUUUUCAUGUGGAAACAGUUGUUUUAAAAUGACUUUUCCUCUGACACAACUUGCAGGUUGAAAUUUACUAAUAUCUAUUGGAUGGAUUGGUAUGAUAUUUGGCUGACAUAUGCAUGGUAAUAAGUCAGUAACAGUAAUAGUGUAGAGGCAUGAAUGGUUGUCCUCUCGGUGUCCCAGUCUCCUGUGACGUUCCCUCUCCGUCAUCUGCAGAUGUACUUGAUGUUCCUCCUUCUGAAGCAACAGGACCAGACGCUCCAUUAAAGUACUGGUUGCUUCCAGUAAGACUAAAAUAUAGAUUCAAAGAUGUUAACUUCUGUUCCCCACUUUUCUUCCUCUGAUUCUUCCCCCAUCUCUCCUCCCCCUUUCCUCCUCCUCUCUCCUCUUCUUUCUUCAAUGUGAAAGUCAGCUGCUCAGCUGACUUUCACAUUGAAGAAUGGAGGAGAAGAGUGAGGAGUCACUGGCUUUCUCUGUGAGGGUCUUCACUCUGCAGGAGGAGGUGGGGGCUGAGGAAGAGCACAUGGAGACACCGGAGGAGGAGGCGCAGCUCCAGGAGGAGGUGAGCAGGGAGCAGCAGGUCAGUGUGUGCAGACAGGGAGCAAAGCGGGAGCUCACUCUGCUCCUCAGCCCAGGACUGGAGCAUCAGCAGCUCACUGUGCAGGAUGCCAACAGAGCAUCAGUCUUCCAGUUCUCUGUUUCCAAGGAGAUGGACUGCUGCCAGGUGGGAGGACAGUCCUUCCUGCUUACCGUCGGCAAACAAAGUCUCCUUCUGCAGUUCAAAACUCCAACUGAUAUGAAGAACUUUCAGCGGUCAUUGAAGACAGGGGAUGAUGAAGAGACUAGGAAAGGUUGCACAGAAGACGAUGAGAGAGGAAACAAGGAUGUAGAGAGAGGCCAAACAAGACAUCAAAGGACUGAAGAUGGCCCUACACAGGGCUACCAGUUCCACAGCUGUUUGUCCCAGCAUCAGAGCCUGCUUCAGGACUACCUGAGGAUCGCCACCUACCAGAGAGCCAUUUUACUUAAUGAGAGUGACUUCAAAGACAAGGUGGUUCUGGAUGUGUGUUGUGGUUCUGGUAUUCUGUCUUUCUUUGCUGUCCAGGCAGGAGCCACCAGAGUGUAUGCUGUUGAGUCCAACCCUAUGGCCAAGUAUACAAAGAUCCUGGUCCAGAAUAACUGCCUGUCUGAGCGGAUCAGGGUUUUAGAAGGGAAGGUGGAGGAGAUCAGCUGUCCCGACAUGGUGGACGUCAUCAUCUCUGAGCCAAUGGGAUACAUGCUGCUUAAUCAAAAACUCAUGGAGAGUUUCUUGCAUGCCAGAAAAUGGCUGAAACCCAACGGUCUGAUGUUUCCCUCCUAUGGUGAUAUUCAUCUGGCUCCCUUCAGUGAUGAGCAGCUUUACUUCGAACACCACGCACGAGCUAGUUUCUGGCAGCAGAGAAGCUUCUAUGGCGUCAACCUGAGUGCUCUUCACGGCGCUGCGGGGGAGGAGUUCUUCAGACAGCCCAUAGUGGACUCAUUUGAAGUGCAGGUCCUGAUGGCCCGGUCAGUCAAGCACUGCAUCAACUUCAUGGAGGCUAAAGAAGAAGAUCUACUCAGAAUGGAGAUUCCCUUCGUGUUCACCCUGCUGCAGUCUGGUCUGGUCCAUGGUCUGGCCUUCUGGUUCGAUGUGGCCUAUUUAGGGUCCAAGGCAACAGUGUGGCUCUCCACAGCUCCCACGGAGCCUCUGACCCGCUGGUCUCAGAUCAGGUGUUUGCUUCAGACACCGCUCUUCGCCAAGCUGGGACAAACUCUGUCUGGGACCGUCCUGCUGGCCGCUAACGACAGGCAGAGCUAUGACAUCAAUAUCACCGCCACAGUCGACCAAUCAGGCUUCAGAUCUGGAAACGUCCUGGACCUCAAGGACCCCUUCUUCAGGUUACUCCUUUUCCCUCUGAUACGUUUAACGUAUUCACACAGGUGGGAAAAACAGGAAGCGUUUCAAUGACAGGUGAACCGGUGUGCAGCGGGGGCCAGGAGAUCACAGGUGAACCUUGAACUGAGUCACAUGAACAUGAGCCACAUCCACGUUAUGGAACAUGGAUCAACACGUGCGCAGCUUCCAGAAGAAUCCACUAGAGGGCAGCAGAGUGUCGACUAGACUGUCGAGCAUUCCCCUGCCAAAAUAUCAUACUGUAAAACAUUCACUGAACUAAAUAUAUAAAUGAUGUGCAAAACUAGCACAGUUUACAUUUUUCAUAUCAACAUUUUUUUUUAAACUUUAAAAACCUUUUGCUAAUUCCAUCUCAGUCACACAAUCUAUUUUCUCUGUGUGUGUUAUUGUGGCCACUGUGGAUGAUGAGAGUCUCAUCGUUUAAGGACCUUCUGGCACAAGUAAGAUGUGUUUUACUUUCUGAAGAGUUAUUCAAAUCCAGCUGACAUAAUAUGUUAAUUAUUAUAAAAUCAUGGUUAAUAUUCUCCACCAUAUAUGUCUCUUUAAUCUCAGGAGCCUCAUGACGUCACACCUCCACAUCAUACAAAUGAGAUUGUUUGGUCUUGUUCUGAAUACAGUUUGUUUACAGACAUUGGUGCUGAAUGUUAAGACUAAUAUGAAAGGUGACGUCCUUUUAGUAUGAACCUUUUGUAUCUGUGUAUCAAACACGUUGCUGAACAGACCUCACAAUGUGGUAAAGACAUUCACAAGGAAAGUUGGAAACAAUCCUUUUAAUACUGUGUAUACUGUUAUUCUGUGAGCAUAUUUAGUAUUCUGUAAUAAAAUGUUCCCAGAAUAAACGGUUUUAACGGGGUUCAUUGUUCUGCUGUCAGGCGACACAUGUUAUCGGGCCUGGAUGGUUACAUGAAUACACAGUUUGGGGCAGACACACACACACACAGAUUAGACCUGUCCUGGCACCGUUCCCUGAACAGGGUUACCUAAUUAACAUAUUAA